GGUUCAACAUUUGAUUCAUUUAUUCAUUUUAUUCAGUUUUAUUACGCCCUGUUUGGUUAUUCUUCUUCUUUGCAGCUUCUAGACUGAGCAACCUUGAAACCGAUCAAGGUUGGGAAGACUUCACUGUUCCAGCAUAAUAAUUAUAAAGGAAUUCGAAGGAACAGAGCCGAUGUCUUCGGAGUAGGAGAAGAAGUCCAUUAUUCUAAAAGAGCGCCCUCAUAAAUUUCAUUCCCAGACCUGACCCCGUUGCACAUCGGGUCAACAUCAACCUCGUCCUCAAGGUGUCGAGCAGUACGCGCCCGCCACUACAAACGCGGUCCAAAAUAAAGUACGCACUGGGGACGAGGUUGGGUCACCAUGGUCAAGUUCGGGGAAAUCCCUGCCAGGGCUAGCUUCGUCUGAAAUGUGCUUCCGGAAGGAUAACCUAGACGCCUAGUAGAAGUCAAAAGGACUCGCAGCAUGUCAGAAUUGAUCCUCAUCCAUGAUGUAUUUAUGUGACAGAUGGAAUUCCGUCUCUGAGCCAUGGCGCGAGUGACAAGGAGGAUGCUAUGCCGUCUCUUGAUGGUUCUUCUCGUGGUCUUAGGAGUGUACCUCCUGUUUCUGAGUGAGAAGGCAAUGGGCAAGAAAUGCACCAAAGAGGGCUCCCUGGCUAUGCUACAAAAGCUGUGUGCUUUGUAUGCGGCCAGCAAAGUGGACGGCAACUUGUGCCACAAGAUCUGCAGCUCCGAUUCUUUACAGUAUGAGAGGUGCUUCAACCGUCUCAGCGGUAAGAAAGUCCUGCAGGUCCAGUUGGACGGCCGCCGGGCCAUGCUCAAAUCCCGCAAGGCUGAGCUCUCGGAGUACCGUCCGCUUUUCACAGGCCUGCUGGACGGCACUGACGCCUCCAAAUUCUCGCCAGAGCGCUUCAUGACACAGGAAGCAUUCGAGAUCAUUGUGCGAGACCAUGUCCAGACGGCACUUGGAACCACGUUCUCCAUCAGCAAGGAAGAACUGCUGCGUCGCGCUUUUCUCGAGCCCGAAUCUUUACCCAAGGACCUAUCCAACUUUCAGAUGAACAGCCUCUGGGCGUUACUCCAACAAGAGGAAUACCUCUUCUUCACCUUUUUCAAGGAUCAUUCCUUCUUUCCAAAAAUCUACGGUGCGUGCGGGCAUUUUUACGUAGAGGAGUACGUUCCUCCUGGAGCAGUCUUACAGCAAUCUUUGUCGCACGGCGUCCGAGAACGAUUCCAAUCGGCCGCCUGGCAACCACGCGCUCAAGCUGCCAAAGAUCUCCUAGAUAUCGUCAAGGCGACGGAAACGGACUUCCACAGCAUCUUGCAUCUUUGCGACGUGAAGCCGGAGAAUUUUGGCAUAGUAGACUCCAAAGUGAAAGCAAUCGACAUCGAUAUUAGUUUCUUUGAUAAAACAAUGGGGGAUUUCCUUGAACAGCCCAACUGCACAAAGCACGAAGACUGUGACUUCUUUGAUUGUCAUGGGGUCUGCAAUUUGGCAAUGAAGAAGUGUACGAGGGAGAGAAAAAACAAUAACUUCCAGGCUAUUUGCAAAGACAUCUUCCGUCGGAAACUGGGCAAUGCUGGUCUACUGCGCCACCCGCCACCGAGAAUCGAAGAAGAGGUCUCCCAACUCAUCCAGCGGUGUGUGUAUCCGGAUGAAGCAGAAAGAGUUGCAAAGGGUUCGAGUACAGAGACAUUCCGGAGGUUGUACCGGCUUCUAUCAGACAGUACAGAUCGAGAAAUGUAAUAUUAUAACUUUUUAAAAACAGAAUUCAUAAAUACCUAAAACAAUUUACCCAUUCCCAUUGGUCGGGAGGUCAUCAUGUUGCCGGUCUUAAACGGAUGAUGAAGACAUGGCUGGCUGGUCUUAAAC